AUGGUUGAAUUUUCUAGUAUUUUUAACGCGUUUUGUAUUUUUUUUGAAUGUUGUUCUAAACAAUGGGUGCCAAAUAACAUUACAGUACUUGAAUCUCGAAUGCAGUAUGAACUAAUUGGUCAGCCAAUGGUUUAUGAUCUAGUUUUAAGAUCAAUUAAUUCACAUAUAUUAACAAAACAUCCAUCCAAAGCUUUAGUAUUAUCAUUUCAUGGAAGUACAGGAACAGGCAAAAAUUUUGUUACAAAACAUAUUGUUGAAAGUUUAUAUCAACAGGGAUAUCAGAGUCAAUAUGUUCGAUUCUACGUAUCAUCUCGUGAUUUUAUGCACAAUAAUUCUGAACAUAUAAUUACGUACAAGGAACGACUGAAAGAUGAUAUUGAAACGGCUACAAGUAAUUGUCCACAAUCGAUAUUUAUAUUUGACGAAGUUGAUAAAAUGCCCAUACAAUUACUCGAUACUAUCAUCUACUAUAUUGAUUUUCAUAUGCCAAGCUAUACAAAACCAAUUGAUUUUCGAAAAACAAUAUUCAUAUUUUUAAGUAAUACCGGCGGAACAUCAAUGAUUCGUUUAGCACAACAGUAUUAUGCAUCUGGGAUUAAACGUGAAAAAUACAAUGUAACAGAAUUUCAAAAAGCGUUAUCGAAUGCGGCUUUUAACGAAGAAGGCGGUCUAUGGCAUGCAUCAUUAAUUGAAAAACAUUUGGUGACAUUUUUUGUUCCAUUUUUACCAUUAGAACGUGAACAUAUUCGUAUGUGUAUUCAACGUCAAUUAGAUAUUAUUAUUCAACAAGAAAAAGAAGUCAUUUUGUCACCAGUUGAGAAAAAUGUUGUUAUCGAUAAUGUUAUUGAUUUAAUUGAGUUUGCUCCACCAGAUACAGCACUCUAUUCCGUUUCAGGCUGUAAAAAAGUUCAACAAAAAUUAUAUUAUGUACUCGAAAUUAAACGUAUUACUUCAACUAUUAUGAGUCUAAAACAACAAAUCGAUUUAUUGAACAACGAAGUUCAUGUACUAAAAAAAAAACUCGAUAGUAAAACAAAAGCAUUUUCAAUUAUAAUGAAUGACUUAGAUGCACUCAAACAUGAACGUAAUCAAUUUAAAUCACUUGUUGAUCAUUUACAAGAAAAGUGUGGUCAACUGAAAAAUCAGCUCACUAUACAACAUGAUCCAUUAGCCUAUCAUUCAUCGGCAAUGGGGUACGAGCAUGCAAAUGAUGUACGUGUUUUUGAAAAAUUAAGUUUAAUAUCGUCUAUUCUUGUUCAAUUGUUUUUAUUAUUUCAAAAAAAAAAUGUUCGUGACAUGACGAGGUUGAGCACAAUUCAAUUAAUGAAAAAUGCUCUGAAAACCGUUCAAGAUGAAAAAGAAGUAUUACAAACAAAGUUUGAUGAAAUAACACGUGAAUUAGUUGAUGUUCGUGGUGAUUUAAAUAUUUUUCGUCAAAAACGACAUAGAUCACGUACCAGUGUCAAUGGUAAUGAUGAAGAUUCAACAACAACUACAACAAAUGAGAAUCAAGAUUUAUUGAAACAUUUAGAACAAUCAAGUGAACGAAUUAAUGUGUUAGAAAAUGAUUUAAAAUUAAUUCUUUGUCAAAAAGAAGAAUUAGAAAUUGAACGUGAUUCAUUUAAAACAAAAUAUAUGAAAUUAAAUCAAGAAUUAAAUAAAAUGUUACAUGGAGAUGAAAAACGAGUUGUCGAUAUUGAAUCAGUUAUUUCAGAGAAUAGAUAUUUGAAGGAGAAUAUAAAAGAAUUGAUACAAGCAAAAAAUCAAGCGGUAACUAAUGCAACAAAAUAUAAAAAUUUAUUACAAACAAAUCGCUCAGCAUAUAAUCGUUUGGGAAAAGUUCAAUCGUCUGGCAGCAUUCUUACACACAAACAAGGUAAAAACUCAGUGAUUUAUCGAGAUUACAUUUAACGAAUAGGACAAAUAAAUGUUUUGAGAAGACUACUGUCUGAAAGAUUGUUUUUUUGUUUUUCUUUGUCAAAUCAAUUGUUAAUUUCUGAUAUGUCAAACUGAAAAACGGAUGUCUACUAGAUAAAACAUUAAGUAAAUUUAUCUCGAAAAUGUUUUGGUACAGCAGUAAUAUUGAAAAAACGUAGUAAGAAAUACAAAACUGCUACAAACAUGAUUCAUACAAAUCACAGUGCUAUUAUUUUGAUUUAUUAUUGAUAUUUCGACGAUGUUCACUCGUCAUCAUCAGA